AAUUUGACCCGUACCCCUAAACAAAACCAUGAAAAAUCAGGUGCACUUGAUACAUCUGUUUUAAAAUAUACAUUUGAAAUGCUCUUCCUAGCGGCGCAAUUAUCUUCUUCAAAAAUUAAAAAUCGAUUUAUUUUGAUACGAUGCUCCUCAAGGUUCUUGUCUUGGACCUUUUUGCAUCAUAUUUGCUUGAAAAACCAGUACUGUUUAGGCCUGUACAAGAUCUUGUGCUUUCAUUGUGCCAACGUGGCAUGGGACUAAAUGCAACUCUUAAAAACCAUCAAUAUUUUUCAGAGCAGGUUACUUUACAGAUCAUGUUGAAUAAACAAAGCCAUAGAGAUGUCAAGGCCAAUUUGAACUUCCUCGGCAUUCUUCUGUGCGAAAUCGGUAUCCACAGCAACAAUAUCUAUCCAAAUAUAAAUCCACACACCUACCAAAGCUACAUUAUAAAGCCAACCAACGUUUACGAAUACGCAAGCUAUAUUCUACAGCUAAGCCGUUAUCCAGAAAAGCUCACUUUUAAUGUCUUUAUCCGAAAUUGGCACGUGCACCGUCUUGUCUUGUAAUGAAAUCUUCGGGCAGCUGCAGUUUUGUCAUCACAUCUGGGAAAAACAUAUUUCCAUGGUUGCUUUUCGUGAUAAUAUUUUACAGUUCAUUGGAGCUUUCGUUGCUCUUUAUAAGUCUUUCCAAGUGGCCAAAAGCAGGGAAACACAUAGGCAAUGAAAAGUUGCUUCCACUAGUCGUUCCAGAGCAGGAUAUUACGGAGAACACAACCUAUCGGCUACAGGAAAAGCAGAAUUUGCUUUUGUUUGUUGCAGUUUUAAACAAAGUAACAGCAUUCGAUAGAAGAGAUGCAGUCAGGUCUACAUGGAUGUCAAGAUGUAGGAAGCAGAACAGAAAGCUAGCCUGUUUCUUCUUUACAGAUACGACAGAAUCGCUAUCCAAAGUAAAUAGAACAAGGGUCAAAAAUGAGAAAUUGCUUCAUCAGGACAUGUUGUUUAUGCCAUACAAAGGUGGAAAUAAUUUUGCAUUGCGAUUGGUAUGGAUGUUGAAAUGGGCUGCUGCUCACUACAACUUUGACUUUUUCCUCCGAAUCGAUGAUGACCAUUUUCUAUGUUUAGAUCGGCUUGUUUACGAGCUCCCCCACAGACCUAGAAACUCUCUUUACUGGGGAUUCAUUCAUUGUCGCAAAGAUAUUGUCAGGGUUGAUGAAGGUUGGAUGAUUUUGUCGGGUAACCUCGUUCAAGAAGUUCUUUCUAAAGUAAAUUCAACAUUGCCAUGUCAUCCAUUUGGCGACCAGGCCGUUGCAUUAUGGAUGCUUGAUAGUAAAUAUAAUGUCACAUAUUUUUACGAUAACGAUCGUGUCAUAAAUUUUGCUACAUCAUACGAUCUAGAGAAAUAUAAUCGACCAGAUAUUUGCACGAAAUACCUCAGUUUACAUGGAAGCUACCCCAAUACAAUGAAGAUGUACUGGAAUAUAUCUUCUUAUAUUGAAAAUCUUCUGGCAGACAAACCAACGCACUAUGAAAUACCUCCAAUUCCUCGCUACGAAGACAAGUGUCGAUUUUCAAACAAAAUAUUUGAUGUCAAUAAAUUUUGGCCUCAACUUAGAUUCAAUACAAAACCGUGCAAGGAUGAGCCGAGAUGGACCAACAGCAAUGAAGAAUUUCACAGUCGAGAAACGUACGGCGAGGAUAUCUAAACAACGUGCAAUGUUGGUUGUCGAAAGGAGCUGUUCAGAAUAGAUAAGAUCAUAAAUAGAUAUUCAAAAUUUGAUUAUAAAGUUAUUUUAUAUACGGCACAAGUUGUUUUAUGUACAGUACUUUAUAAUCGAUUAAUUGAAUGUUUUAGCUAUGAUACUUUCUAAUUAAAUAGAAAAUGCAUUUUGUCAACAGUGGCCAAAACUGGGUGUGGCCUCUUGAAUAUCUAAAUUUUCAAUACCUUUCAAUGGAAUUUUAUAAAGUUUUGUCAGCAUUUGCAAAUAAUUUUUCCAAUCGAAACAGCGUAGGGUUUAUUGAAUAGGUUCCAGCUGAUGACUUUUUCGAUGAUGCCCCUUAUUAGAGAGGAUCGCUCACUAGAGGGAAAGGGCGCUCUUCAGAGAGAAUAUGCUAACUACGAAAUUGGUUUGACAUCGUGGGUCUUAAUAGAACACAGAGGUUCCAUUUUUUUCUAUCUGCAUGCAUUCAAACAAAACUUUCUGUGACCUUAAAAGUUUAAAUCUUGGUUUAUUUUCAAAUGUAAGAGCAUGCCAAUUUAUGCAAAUUUCAAGCGAAAUAAUCAAGGGAAUUUCAGAGGCAAAUGCUACAAAUAAAGAUUUAAUCUCACUGAAAAUUUUGCAGUACAUCACAGAAAUAUUUCAUGAAAUAUUUGUUUCUUACUUAAGCUUGAUACCGGUCGAGAUACACGAAUGCAAAUCUGAGCUAGAGAAAUUUUCUUUGAAGCAAAGAAGAAGAGAAAAGUGGCCUACGUUUUUCUAAACAUAGUCAGUUAACUUUUAUUGUUUUGAAUGUUGAACAGCAGAACUACUCUCAAUGUACACCAGAUCUUGUAGAAAUUUUUAAGCAUUGCUGUCAAAUCUAAAUUCUGUUACCAAUUCUAGGUGGGACUGAAAUGAAAAAUAAAUAUAUCCGUUACUUGCUUCCGUUUUCAAGAAUUUGAAAUGUUUGUCAGAUUUAGUAAAGGUUUAAACUGCAACACCGAAUCCUAUACAAACAACAGUCAAAAGGAAAUUUGUGAACUAUAUAAUAGUGCGUCUGGUACCCAGGGUAGGUAACCGUGUGUAUAUUGUAAAUCCCAAUUAAAUUGAUUUAAACAAAAUUAGAAAUUAUUUUAUUUAGAAAGAGCAGAGAACAGUUUGCGAGAACGCACGAUUUGACAUCCCUUCAACUGGAAUGCAGUGGAAAACAACAAUAACAACAGCGACCAUGGCAUCAGAACAAUGGUAUAGAAGCGCAGGCGCUUCUAUAUCAUUGCAUCAGAACCACUGAUCUCAAAAAAAGAUUUGAUCGAGCUUCUCCAGCUCAGCCUUGAUUGCACAAUGCAGCGUCCAUGUUAGGACCUUCCUGUGUUGCUUGAGACUAGAGAGCAAUCACGUUGGUUUCAGUUCAACUUGCUUUUUCAUAGCAAUGAAAAAGCAUUCGUAAGUGACGUUAAGCAUUUUUGCCGUAGUAUUUAGUUUAUGCAAGGGAGAAUCCACUGUUCACUUACCUUCUAGGCUUGUUGUCUCUUAGGUUAUGUAAACUCUCCUCCGCAGAGGCUAUUGGGGAAGGAGAAUGGGAGGGAAAAAGGAUGGGAUAAAAGGAACUGCGGAAGAAAAGAAAAGGUGGAGGAGCUGCGAGGGAGAAGGAGGAAAAAAUAGCGGCAAUUUUCAUUUCCUCCUCUCCUCCGCCCUUAUCCUCCUAUUCCCGCAGCUUCACCAUUUCUCAAUCCCCACCAUUUCUCAGUCCUCAUCUCCCUUCCCAAUAGCUUCUGUGGAGGAGAGUCGGUUAUUUAAGAAUUUAAUGAUUAAUGCACAAUAAAAAGCGCAGCACGCUGUUUGUACAGUUUUUACGCAUGGCAGCCCUAUGCUUUAGGCGCGAGAGGUCCCAACAUGGAGAGACUCGGUCACUUCCACGUGCUAAUAUAGGAGAUCAAUAGUUUGUUCGAUCCAGUCUUUUUUUAGAUCAGUGAUCAGAACAGGGACUAACUUUUUGCUCCAUCGCAGGGUCCUUAGAACCAUUCGGUUUUGUUCUGUUAAUUUUUACAAAUAUUUGUUGUUUACAAAUGGCAUAUUUACAAAUAAAUUAGGGGAAAUAUACUAGCUUGCGUGUUGUACAAUAAAAUGCGUCAAUAUAACUUUAAAUAAUUUGAAACUGGACGAGAGAAUAAGCGAAUUUAAAAUAACGACAUUUGGAGCGUACCCGUUAUCAAGUGCAGAUAAAAAGGAAGGCGAUAAAGGCAUAUUUUAAUUAUUUUAUAUUUUCAAUAAAAUUAGUGAACAAAUAUAGUUGAAGAGUCAAAAUUUUCUGAUAAGUUUGACUAUUGAUUUUGUGACAACAUCUGUCCUUAAUGCGAUAACUUUUACUUAUUUGUGAUUCAAUUAAUCACUAGACGGAC